GUUAGUUUACCUCGAACUACGAGCUAAAAAGGUUGUGUGCUGUGAAUUGUUGAAAACUAAAAAAAUUCAAUAAACGAAAAUGGCUCGCGUAGAGCCAUUCCUGCUGCCGGUGAAUGGUAUUGUCCAGCCACCGGUUCAUCCAAACCCAAAUCGUCCGGGUCGUAGGACCAAUAUCCUGGACUCCCUUAAGACCCUGCUAGCUGACAUAUGGAAGCAGCCCUGGGCUUUCCAUUUCCACCAUCCCGUAAACGCGAUAACCUUGGGUGUGCCCACCUAUCACAAGCUAAUCAGGCGGCCCAUGGAUUUGAGCACUAUCAAGAUGCGGCUGAACUGUAAUUACUACUACCAGGCGGACGAGGCCAUCGGGGACUUUAAGCGGAUCUACGAGAAUUGCCUGCUGUUCAACCCGAAGGGCAAUGUGGUUCACACGGCGGGCCUGAUGCUGAGGAGCUUUUUUAACGAACGCCUGGCCCAGAUCGAUUUGACCAACGAAGUGGAAGUGGUUGAGAAGCCCAAGACUAAGACUAAGCGCAAGAAGGAACCACCUGAAGGUAGCAAGCCUCAGACUCUGGCUAAGAAACCCCUGCCUGGCAUAAAGCCUUCAAUUGAUCUUCCCAAGCACCGCAAGUUUGAUUGAAACUCGAAAGGAGAUAAUUCUUUAUAAAUACCUAAAC